AACUGCACUCGCAGCUCCGUUGUCCUUGUCCAAGGGUGUCUGCUGCUGCUGCUGCUACUUUCGUUGCGCGAGCAGGAAACUGCUCAUCUGCUCCUGGUCGCCAUUCAUGCCAGGCUCCAAGAAGGACAAAAAGAAUGGCAAAGAACCCGGAGGAGUUGUUGCAGCGGUGACGAAGCAUGGUGCCAAAUUCUCCAACGGGAGCGGCACCAAGGGUCUCUCAUCAAGCCCUUCUCCGCCGUCGGUACUCCAGUCCCCAGAAUUCAAACCUGUCAGCGCCCCUUUGAACGACAACCCCGCCGCCUCUCCGCUUUUGGACGCGAUUUCCGCGUCGUCUUUCGCGACAAGCAACUCUUUGAGCACAAGGGAAUGGACCCGGGGCAUCCCAGCGGGCAUGGCUGGAUCGCCGGGAAAUCUGAUAAGCCUGAUCGGGGAGUCCCCUCCAACAGCGCCCUCCUCGUACGAGGACACGCGGGGCAUCCACUCGGGCUGGUCUUCCCCGAGACCAGCUGUUAAUUACCAUGCCCCUUCGGUUUCCCCUCCGACCGCGGCUGGGCGGCGCCCCUUGAGCUUCCACAUGGAGGGCCACUACUCACCCCCGGACGUCCACGGCCAGAUCGCGGCUGCCGUCGCCUCAAGGCGCAGCUCGAUGCACUCGCACUUUGCCCAGGUCCGCGGCGUUCCAAACCCGCCGCUUCCACACCAGCCCCAGGCACAUUUCUACGGCUCUCCAGAAAUCGACCUCGAUCCCCAGCCCAAAUCCGGCAUGAAGGCGGGCGAGAGGGGCUACUACUUUGGGUUUGAUACACUCCCAACGCUAGGUGCCGACUAUGGUUCUGGAAAAGACAACGUGGUUCUUGCCGGCUAUGAGGGGGGUAUGGAGGUGUACUUGGUCGGUAAGCGGGGCGUCGAACAUGCUGCAAGCCUGAAAGGGUUGCGGGGAGGCGUGUAUCAAGCAAAGAUUCUGCCUUGGGCUUCGGCAGGCUCUGACUUGUUUCCCCUGGUCGCUGUCGUCGUCCAUGGCCCGAAUCUUCCCCUCCCAGCCCCUGGCUCUAAUGUUGACGGCGACUACGAUGCCGUUUCUGCCGAUAGAUCCGAGGCGAUGGCUAAUGUUAAUUCUGACUCCAACGCCAGGGAGAGCUCCAGCGGCAGGGCGGCCCCCGGAUUUGUUGAGUCAUAUCAGACCACAGUCGAAGUCUACUCGUUGAGGAAUAGCAAGCUGGUGAGCGUUCUUCUUGAGGCGCCUAAGAUUCCCCUCAAGACACCGGUUACGAGCCCGCUUUUCCAACCCCCACCUCCGAGCGGAACCUUUCACAUCCACGCUGAUGGGGGCAAUGUUGUUGUGUCCUCGGGAAUCACCGGCGAGUGUUGGGUCUAUCGUCAAGCCCCGAUCUCGGAUGAAUACCCGCUCCACUUCAGGUGCCACGGGAAACUUUGGACGACUCUCCAGCAGCCCCCGAAAGGGGACACGGCGCAGGAGCCGGAGCGGAAUCGCGUUGCUAUCCCGCCACGUCCUCGGACCCAGAGCGCAAUAUUGAGCGUCAGCGGCAGGUGGAUUGCCUACUGCCCGGCGGCGCCCUCGUCACAGCUCGCACUCAGGGCGAUGGUAUCAGUGCCUGCGUAUGGUCGGGCUCCGGGAUUGUCGUCGCUCACGCCGCCCCAGCUGCCUCCCGCCAACUCAGAUGUUGAUCUACCCAUCUCCGAGAGCGUGGUGAACAAGAUCAUGCGAGAUGCCACCCAGGAGCUGAUCCAAGGCGCAAAGUGGGUCGGCAAGCAGAGCAUGCAGGUGUGGCACAACUACUGGAGCAGUGGACAGCCGGGCCAGCAGCCACGAUCUCCUACCCUUUCGCCCCCUAACUGGGGAGGGGUUGGCACACCACGCCCGGAACCACCUCAGUUCCCUCCCACGCACGGCACCGUCACUCCGCCAGUUGCUAAGGAGCCAGGCAUUGUAUCCAUCUUGGAUACUGAGCAGCUGGGUUCUUCCGCAAACCUGCACCCGAUAACGACGUUCAGUGUUCCCCACGGCUGCAGUUUCCUGUCAUUUUCGCCCUCUAGUAUUUCUCUCUUCACGGCGAGCAGCAAGGGUGACGUGCAAACGGUCUGGGACCUCAUGCGCAUCCAGUACACCAAGGGCUCUCCGCUCCAAGCAACUGGAUUGCCGCCUUCGGGAGGACCACGUGUUCGCCAGGUUGCGCAGUUCUCUCGCAUGACGGUGGCCCGUAUCGUCGACGUGGCUUGGACGAGGCCGAACGGUGAACGUGCUGCCAUGGUCACUGAGAGGGGGACGGUCCACCUGUUGGAUCUUCCGUCCAGUGCCUUCACCUGGCCUCCCCCACGUCGUAAGACACAAGCGCAGGACGCCAGGGGCGCGAUUGCAGAGAGCACCAACUCGGCUGUCUCGAUUGCGUCAAAUGCGCUGAGCUCCGUCCGGGACGUCGCUCGCCCUCUGAUCACCAGGCCGCGCCGUAGCAACUCCAAUGCGCCGCCGCUGGCGGGCUCUGGCAUUGGAGAGUAUGCUACUCACGGAGGAAAGGUCAUCGCUGCCAGCAUUAGCCACUCUCUUGGCAAAACUGGAAGUGCCCUCAACCAACUGAGGCAUACUGGAGAGAAUCGAGUCUCGCUGCCCAGCUCGUCCAUGUCACCUGGGUCGUCGUGCGUAGUCUGGGUUGCGAGCAGGAAGAACCACUUCCUCUUUGUCAUUGGCGCCGGUCUUGUCCGCAAGUUUCCGACGAAGAGUCGGAGGGCACAGGUGGGCGCAGACAAGCGUGCACCGCGUCUGUCGCGAUACAGAGACUUCAAGCUGCCGUCUCUGCCGGACGACUUGCUCUCGCCGUACGUGAGGAACGUGCUGGACCCCGAGGAGUACUUGGAGUUCACUGAGAAGAACCUGGAACCUGGCAAUAACACCAUGGUGCUCAAUAGCGCCAGGCCCCGGAUGCAGCCCCGCGACGUCAGCGCAGAGUCGUCGAUUCCCCAGGCCGAGAUAGAGUCCAGCGCACCAUAUCAGCCAUUCUACACCGACAGGCGGGUUGCAUUGUUCGAAGUAGGAGCGCCCCAUACCUCGCUGUCUACACCCGAGUCUGAGUCGACGUUCGGGGAGCCUGAGCCGCAGCUCAACCGCAAGCAGAGAGAGCGCUUACGGGUUUUCAAGGCCCAUCAGCAUCUAUCGAUCGACCCAUUCAGGUCGAGAAAGACAUGGGCGUUUGGGCAGGCGGUCAACGCGAGCAAGCUUGACUUGGGCCUGCCCCAUGUUCCGGACGAAGAAUCAUUCAACAUUGCGUCGGACGAUUCGCGUGCUCUGCCCCCUUCGGCCAUGGAGAGGAUUCUCCACCGGACUGGGGACGAUGAUCAGAUCGUCGUCACUACGCGUCGCAGACGUGGGGCUGCGCAUUCGGCCAAUCAGGACGAUGAUGGAUUCUUCGAGGACGAUUGCGAAGUGCUUGAUUUUGCGGACCAGCGAGUUUGAGAAGCGCAAGCAGUCAGUGUUUUCGGAGUGCCUCGAGGGACCGCCUUGCAUCUUUUAUCUGAGGAUCAUUUUGGUAC